UGCGCCCAGUUGGCGGUUGCCGUAUAGUUGCUGGGAGGAGGCGGGAGGUGGAGCCGCUGGGGCUAAGAUCAUGCCAGACAGCGAGAGGUAUUCUGGGCAGCAGAGGCCGCUAGGCUUGGGAUGAAAGAAGCAGGGCAGAUGCAAAAUCUGGAGAGCGCGGGGGCCGGGCGGUCAGUCAGCACCCAGACUGGCAGCAUGACUGGUCAAAUACCAAGGCUUUCUAAAGUCAACCUUUUCACUCUGCUCAGUCUCUGGAUGGAGCUCUUCCCAGCAGUAAAAGCCCAAAGACAAAAAUCUCAGGAAAAGGAAGAGGGAAAACAUGGACCCUUAGGAGAUAAUGAAGAGAUGGCCAGGAUAUCUACUGACAAAAAACAGGUGAAGAGAACUGGUCUUGUGGUGGUGAAAAACAUGAAAAUUGUUGGUCUCCACUGUUCUAGUGAAGAUUUACAUGCUGGAAAAAUUGCUCUUAUAAAACAUGGGUCAAGGCUGAAAAACUGUGAUCUCUAUUUUUCCAGAAAACCAUGUUCUGCUUGUUUGAAAAUGAUUGUAAAUGCUGGAGUUAACCGAAUUUCAUACUGGCCUGCUGAUCCAGAAAUAAGUUUGCUUACUGAGGCUUCUAGUUCUGAAGAUGCCAAGUUAGAUGCCAAAGCAGUGGAAAGAUUGAAGUCAAACAGUCGGGCCCAUGUGUGUGUCUUACUUCAGCCUUUGGUGUGUUAUAUGGUGCAGUUUGUAGAGGAGACCUCUUACAAAUGUGACUUUAUUCAAAAAAUUGCAAAAACAUUGCCGGAUGCUAACGUUGACUUUUAUUCUGAAUGUAAACAAGAAAGAAUAAAGGAAUAUGAAAUGUUAUUUUUGGUUUCAAAUGAAGAAAUGCAUAAGCAAAUACUGAUGACUAUAGGCUUGGAGAACCUAUGUGAAAAUCCAUACUUUAGCAAUCUAAGGCAAAACAUGAAAGACCUUAUCCUACUCUUGGCCACAGUAGCUUCCAGUGUGCCCAACUUUAAGCACUACGGAUUUUAUUGUGGUAAUACCGAACAGAUUAAUGAAAUUCACAAUCAAAGUUUGCCACAAGAAAUUGCAAGGCACUGCAUGGUUCAGGCCAGGUUAUUGGCAUAUCGAACUGAGGAUCAUAAAACUGGAGUUGGAGCAGUCAUUUGGGCAGAAGGAAAAUCUAGAAGUUGUGAUGGUACAGGUGCAAUGUACUUAAUAGGAUGCGGUUAUAAUGCUUUUCCUGUUGGAUCUGAGUAUGCUGACUUCCCACACAUGGAUGACAAACAGAAAGACAGAGAAAUAAGGAAAUUCAGAUACAUUGUACAUGCGGAGCAGAAUGCCUUGACAUUUAGGUGUCAAGAAAUAAAACCAGAAGAAAGAACUAUGAUUUUUGUCACAAAGUGCCCAUGUGAUGAGUGUGUACCUUUAAUUAAAGGUGCAGGCAUAAAACAGAUCUAUGCCGGGGAUGUAGAUGUUGGAAAAAAGAAGGCAGACAUCUCUUACAUGAGAUUUGGGGAACUUGAGGGUGUUAGCAAAUUUACAUGGCAGCUGAAUCCAUCAGGAACUUGUGUUCGCGAACAAAAUGAGCCUGAAAGCAAAGAGAAUGGUGUGUUGAGACCCUUACCUUCGGGUGAAGAACAGCACCAAAACAAAAAGCUGUGUCUCGGAAACCACUAAGAAGUCCUGUCGAAACUGGAGUGAGGCCUCGAGAAUUUGCAUUGCACAUUUUAAAAUUCAUCCUUGUUAACUCAGAAAAUAAGGGUGGAUUUUGUGAAUAACUGAGAAAAAUUGUAAGAAAGAUAAGUUAUUACUACCAUAUGGAUGACGUUAAUGAGAAUAUAUUUAGUUUAGAUUCGUGUGUUUUCCAGAAUAGGGUGGUGUGUUCUUUUAUUACCUUAAAUGAGGUAGCAAUGAUUUAAUGAGACAAAUUUAAUCACCUGGAGAGGUUAAUUUCUCCCUGUCUUAUCUUUAUAUUAGCCAGUUUUUUGAAAGGGGCUGGUUCACUGGAGGUCACAUCUCAGCAGAAACUUAUACACCUUUUAAAAAAUAUUAAUUCCUUCAGAUUAUGAAAGUGAUAAUUAGGAAACUGCUCCAGGGAAAUAAAUGAUAACCUGGCCAUUUUUCAGUCAGUGUAUGGCUCACCAAUAGCUCACAUUUACAUCUAAAGCUUUUUAAUAAUCAGAAUUUAAUUAGGAUUGAAUCAUAAAAAAUGAAGGUGGCAUACCUGAUCCCCAUUAUAAAAGUAUAUUCCUAACAGCGUUAUUAAUUUGUUAAAAAAUCUUUCGAUAUAUAGAAAUAACAGUGAUUUGUUGGACUAGGGUGUUAAAUCACUGAUUUGGGGUAGGAGUAGAAAGAGAAUAUUAUUCUGAGGCAGUAUUGCUAUUUGAUAUCACUGACUCUUGAAAUCACUAACAACACCAAAUUUGCUUAUGAUGUUAACGGUGAGGAAAUAUUUUAGUCUAGAAUAUUGAAACUACCCUUUGUCAAAUUCCAUUUAUAAAUGCUGCCCAUUUUUCCCUUCAUACGGUUAACAGAGUGUCUCAUGGCUUGGAAGAUCUUUAAAAAUAUUCGUAAACCUUAAGAAUACUGAAAAUCUCAAGUAAACAUUAUGAUCAAUUCCUUUACAUUCCAAAUUGCUGUUUGUGAGACCUCUCAUUUUUAUUUCCUGAGAAACUUUCAGAGAAUUAGUCCAAAGAUGAAGGCAUGUGCUUUGCACUUUCCUGGAGUUAGGGAGGGAGUGCAUAGCCCAUGGCCCGCAGGCCUGGGUGGGAAAUCCUGCGGAGCACCUGCCUUGACGAUGUAGAGAUAAUCAGAUUUGCCUCUGCUGUUAUUCCCAACCCUUCCACAGCACCACAUGGCCUCACAAGGCCUCCUACCAGUUUCUCAGAAUUGUUCACAGGACAAUCCAAAUGUUGGCUGAUGUCCCUGUUUAUACAGCAGUCCACUUAGGUCCACUGGGAGUUCAAAGUCCUCAUACCAGGCAGUCGAGAACUGCCAUAAAUAUUGAGAGGGGAGGAAAGAUAUCCUUAGAGAUAACUAAGGCUAAUUCGAAAACUAGUAAAGUAUUCUAAAAUAUUUAUCAAUAUGAAAAUACUGAGAUUUGCUUACAUCCUCCCAGUUGCUUCCAUAUAUAAUUUAUACAAGCUUAAAUUCAUGUUAGAAUUGUUUUUUUAACUGAUAUGUCAUCCACAUCAAAUAUUUUAUAAAUCAAUCAGCAAAUAUUUCUUAAGACCCCACAGCCUGGUAUAAGGUCAGGUUUAUGGAUUUAUGUGUUGGAUGUUGAGGGGGAUAUCAGAAGGGGGAAACAUAAAAUGAGGAAAACUAGGAUUGGGAAAUGGGAAAAUUGAUAUUUUCAAGCACUAUGAAAAUUUUCAUGAUAAUGCCAUAUUUCCUUCUUUACAACUGAUCAGUUUUCAACAUUUAUUGAGAAAUUCCUGUGUAGUACCAGAAGAAAGCUCUAUGAAGGCAGGAAUACACACACACACACACACACAUAUACAUAUAUAUAUAUACAUGCACAUUCAUAUGUAUAUACAUAUAUACAUAUAAAUUAUAUGUAUAUAAAUUUUAUAUAUAUAUAUAAAUAUAUAAAAUUUUUAAGCUGAUGAAUCCAGUGCCUAUGAUAGUGCCUGGCACAUAAUAGGCAUUCAAUAAGUAUUUGUUGAUUGAUUAAAUGACUGCUGGACACAUUCUAGACCCUGGAGAUGAGAUGUGUAAGAAGAAGCUCACAGUCAGUGGAAGAGAGAAGCAUGUAACCAAGUAAUAGAGACUGACUCUCAGAGUGGGGCCCCUGGACCAGCAACAUUAGCAUCACCUGGUGACUUGUUAGAGAUGCAAAUUCUUAAGGUCCAUUGAGACCUGUUGAAUCAGAAACUGGGCGUGGGGCCCAGCAAUCUGUUUUCACAGCUCUCCAGGUGCUUCUGAUAACCUUGGAGGUUGAGAACCAUCCUGUGAAUACAGCUAUAGGAAGCUUCUAAUAUAUGUAAAUUAAAGCUACUAGAAAUAAUAAGAACAACUCUGUAUUGCAAGGAAACUAGGAUGUGUUUUUAGCUAAGAAAAGGUAUGAGGUAUGGAGAUGUAUUUUAGCUAAGGGAAAAGAAUAAAUUUUGUCCUAAAGUAAAGCUGGUUAUUUCAGAGUAGUCAUUACAGAAUGGAACAGAGAAAAAUAAAGGACAAACUAAGGACAUAGAAGUUUGGGAAAAGAAAAAGAGACAGAGAGGAAGGGAAGGAAGGAAGGAAGGGAAGAAAAGAAAGAAGGGAGGGAGGGAAGGAAGGAAAGAAGGGAGGGAGGAAAGGAAGGAAGGAAGGAAGGAAAAAAUUUUUGAGAAAGAAAGAAAAGAGAGAGAAAGAAGAAAGAAAGAAAAUUUUACCUUUUGUAGUCACGUUGGCUAAAAAUUGAAUUGUUAUAAGGGUUUUUAAAAAUAAUAAACUUGCUUUUUUGUUUUAAUAGCCUGCUAAUGUAAUUUUCUUUCAUUUGCUGAAAGGACAAAGUUUUCUUGGACUAUUAGUCUGCUCUUGAUAAGAUAUUAUGAAUGGUUUUCUUUACCUUUUAAGUAAUCUGCCUGGAAAGCAAAGAUGUUAUGUUUUACUAAAGUAAUUUCCUGUGCUUCAUGUUGUCUUUAUCAGAUCUUUGAUUACUUAACUGAGUCUUAACAUUAAGAGCUGAAUUUUCCUUAAAACGAUGUAAUCUUUUAUAUUUGCCUUUAAAAUCUUUUGUCACUUGGUUAAAUAGAUAAUUAUUAUUUCAAAUUAUCUGUGAUCCUAUUUAGUCAAAUGUCCCAACCUUUUGAUAUUUUUGACAAACUUUUCAAAAUCAAUUUCUAAAUAAACUUUUUGACCAAGAAAGUAAGUUGGAAUUUUCCAGAGGGUCCCUGAAACAUCUCAAAAGAUUUGUUUUCUUUCUUUAUAAAAAAGAGAUCCUAAAUGAAUUGGUUUAUGUGAUAUGCUAAAUUACAUGGGAAGUGUUGUCAAAUAAGAAAUAUCAAGCUUUCUUUAUGUUGUAUUUGUACAGGUAUCCAAGUGUUCCAGAAAUUAUAUGAAAUUCCUAGAAAUCAGAUGUCCAGGAUAAUGUUAUCACUGUAAUCCUAGUUAUUAUCUUAAAAUGUUGUAUGUCCCAGGUAUAAUCCGAUUUUCUUGUCAAUUGCAUUGUAAUGAACUCUAUCAGAUCUUUA